AUGUACAUCACCCUGUACUACAUAGUCACCCGGCUCCCUGACUCUCUUCGUGUAGUCAGGGACCACUUUCUCUCAGUUUGCCCCACCACUCUCACCGUUGACCUCCUCGAGAAGGCCCUCCUAGCGGCAGAGAAGAGCAUAGUCGCUGUAGGAGCCUCUCGUGGUGACCCUCGCACCCCCGUCUUUGAGGGGUGUUCUCCCUCCCCCCUCUUGCCCUCUGUUGCCUCUGCUGCUGCGGCCGACCUUGUUGGUUUCGAGUCGGUCGGCGCUGCAUCUGCCCCGAGCGGGAGACGCCGCACCGGCAAGGGCAAGGGGGGCAAGGGCACUGGAGGGGGUGGAGGGGGUGGUGGAGGUGGUGGUGGAGGCGGUGGAGGGAGUGGGGGUGGUGGUGGGAGUGGUGCCGGGGGUGGCGGCGGCGGCAGCAGUGGAGGCGGCGGAGGCGGUGGUGGUGGCGGAGGGAGCGGAGGAGGCGGAGGUGGCGGAGGAGGUGGAGGUGGAGGAGGCGGCGGAGGCAGCGGUGGCGGCGGCGGCGGUGCUGGUUAG